CGAAGUCCACUUACUUUCCUGGGAGCUCGGUCCCUAUCACACUACAACGUAAGGCUCCGAGGAGAAUUUGGAGGCUGGAGGUCUGCUUCAGACCCCCGCAACGCUUCUUCGUGGACACCGACAGAGUCUGUCACUCAGUCGGCCAUUGACCAUUUUGGUGCCCAGCCAGCGAAGCGGGAGCCAUGCCUGUCCCCGCUGGAUACAUUAGCGGCUCCCAUUGCGCGGCCUUCGCGUCCUCGGCCUCACUUAUCCCGCCGCCCCCGAUCAACACCCAGCAACCCGGUGUUGUCACCUCGCUGCUGUAUAGCGGCUCCAAGUUCAGAGGGCACCAAAAGAGCAAAGGGAACUCUUACGACGUGGAAGUUGUCUUGCAGCAUGUCACCAUGGAGGACUCUUACUUGUGUGGCUACCUGAAAAUAAAAGGACUGACUGAGGAAUACCCGACUUUAACCACGUUCUUCGCUGGCGAGAUCAUCAGCAGAAAACGGCCGUUUCUCACCAGGAAGUGGGAUGCAGACGAGGACGUGGAUCGUAAACACUGGGGCAAGUUCCAAGCCUUCUACCAGUAUGCAAAGACUUUCAACACGGAUGAGUUUGACUAUGAGGAUCUUAAAAAUUCUGAUUAUAUCUUCAUGAGGUGGAAGGAACAGUUCCUGGUCCCAGACCACACAAUCAAAGACAUCAGCGGUGCUUCUUUUGCUGGAUUUUACUACAUUUGUUUCCAGAAAUCCACAGCAACAAUUGAGGGCUACUACUACCACAGAAGCUCAGAAUGGUACCAAUCCCUCAAUCUCACUCACGUCACUGAGCACAGCGCUGCCAUUUAUGAGUUCCGGGUUGGAAUUGUCAUCUGCCCAUUGGUCUCACAGACGUACCGUUCUGUUUCCGCCUACGAGACCAAAGACACCAAGAACCAUCCCUUUAAAGUAGCCCUGGAUGAAAAAGUGGAGGUGCUGAUCAAGGACCCUGCUGGUUGGUGGUUGGUGGAGAAUGAGGAAAAGUGUAUGGCAUGGUUCCCAGCUCCCUACCUGGAGAAAGAGGACAAUGAGACCGGAUUCCAUUUGGGAGGUGCUCUCUACUGUGCUGUAAGGAGUUAUUCCGCCAAGAAGGAUGACGAGGUGUCCGUGCCUAUUGGUUCUGUGGUGGAGGUUCUAAAGAUGUCGGACGAUGGCUGGUGGUUUGUCAGAUUCAAUGGCAAGGUAGGCUACGUCCCGUCCAUGUACCUGAAGCCCAACUGCAGCCCCCGCACUGGACUUGACAGCCUGCAGAGGAAGCUGCAUGGCUCCGCCCUCAACCUGUCUUCUUCUUCCCCUACGUCUUCUUCAUCCGCCCAGCUCAUUAAGCAGCCCAGAGCUCUGCCUAGCGAGCGUGGCUAUCUGUCCAAAUACCAACCCGUAGAGACGCAAACCCACGCCGCCCGGCCUGCCCAAGCCGAGGUCAACGUGAACGCCGCCCUCUUAAAAAACCGACCUCGCAGCAUCAGCAACUCAAGCAUAGAAUCCAGCUUAGCCUCUAUCAACAACUAUUCUUCACGUUUAAGAGAGGACACCUCAGUACCCCAUCCGAGAAACCAACGCCGCAGCUCCAGUGCAAGUUAUGUGAGCUCUGUGAGUUCCGGCAGCUCUGAGAGUUUUACAAGCUGCACUUCAAGCGGCAGCGACACAGCAAGUCUGAUUGCUCCUUCGAUUCCACCCAGACCCAAGAAAGAGGAGAUCCUGAACCGGUGCACGUCCGUGACCCGUCAAGCAGCUAUGAACACUCAACCCCGCCUCCAGCUGCAGCGUGGAACAUACAAUGAAACUCGCUUAUGAGGACAUAUUCCAAAUACUGAACAAUACAUCUCGUCAUACUCUCACUUUAUUAUUUCUUAUUUACAACUUUGUCACCUCCUUUGCUUAGGUCAGGCGUGGUUUGCUAAUGGAAUCACCCGACUGAGUAAAUGAGAACAUCUGCUUGUAUUUAAUGGCAUGGUUUGACUAUUUCACAUGUGCAAUGUCGCUUCAAUGAAGCACCUUGUAGGUAGAAAAUUGUUUGCACUGACAUCAUUAGCAUUGGUUUCAUUUUAUAAGCCUAUAUGCAAAAAUAAUGAGCUUAUGAUUGUGAGUUUCAUAAUGUGUCACAUAACUGAAUAAAAUUUGCACUU